UUUUCAUAAAUUUUCUAUUGAUUUACCACAAAUCCAUUUCGACACACGAUUACAAGUUCUUUUUCCAAUUGUUGUGAGUUUCCGAUUCACUUUUACGAUGACUGGUGUCCUAAUGAUGCACGGCGUCAUCACGACCGACCAGAUGAUGCACCAUCGCAAUAUAGCGCAGCGGAUUGUAGAGAUGCGAAACCGCUGGAAGGAGAACUUCAGCUGGUAUCCGGAGGCGCAAUUGCAGCAGUGUUCGCGCUUCGACGACAUCUAUAAGGAGAGCCGAGCCAGAUAUGGCGAUGCGGACUUCAAGCGAUAUGUCGAAAUGAAGCGCCUAAGGGGCAUCUACUCCACCGACUCCGACAAGGCCAAGCGCGAGGCGCACCAGACGCUGUCCUGCUAUCCCAUGGACUAUAUGAAAGGCAUUAGACCAUCGCCAACCACAAAUGGUGUUUACGGUCUGAUACCGCCGGCCUAUCAUCAUUUCUGCGAAAAAAAGAAAGUAAAGGAACGAUUUACGAAAACCUAAUAAGGACUUCAACUUCAGUUUGCGAUUGAGCGAGGAAAUAAAAAAGGAGAAGAAAAUAUUUGUCUAAUAGGGUUGCUCAAAUUUAAAUUCUUAUACGA